AUGUGCGGUGGACUAAGCUACUUUAUGCGAAGCCUACCAGCAGUUGUACGAUUUGCUGCUGGAACAAGCAGGCCAUUCCCUGUACAAGCAUCAGGGUUCAUCCCUCUCACCUCUGCUGUUCAUACUGUCCAUGGACACGAUAACGAAGGAAAUCCUGAAGCAGCACCCGUGGACUCCACUCUUUGCCGACGAUGUCAUGCUCGGAGGUGGCUCGAGAUGAUCUUCAGAAACAAGUCCAGUCUUGGAAGGAUCAACUGCGAGCAAUAUGGAUUGCGCCCUCAACACAUCAAAAACUGA